UUAGGAUAGUAAUUCAAUCAAUGGUCUGUAUGUGUUAGGAAUUGACCGGUUUUUUAUUGUAGUCUGUACUUCAAACUCCGAUAAGUUAAUUGAUGCAAUACAAAACGGACGUUGUACCUACUUAACACCUAUUUAUAAUUUUAAAAAUGCCGACUUGGAAUCAGAUUCAGUCACAGCUAAGAAAUCCAAAUAAUCCAGUGGUGUUCUUUGAUAUUACUGUAGGAACCACGGAUAUUGGCCGAAUGAUUUUCGAAUUGUUUGCUGAUGUUGUUCCUAAAACUAGUGAAAACUUCAGAGAAUUUUGUACUGGAGAGUAUAGAAGAGACGGCGUUCCUUUAGGGUAUAAAGGAGCUACUUUCCACAGAGUUAUCAAAGAUUUCAUGAUACAAGGAGGAGACUUUGUCAAUGGAGAUGGCACAGGAGUCAUGAGUAUUUAUGGUGGAAGCACUUUUGCUGAUGAAAACUUUUCAUUAAAACAUGAUUCGCCAGGAUUGCUUUCAAUGGCAAACAGCGGCAAAGACACAAAUGGAUGCCAGUUCUUCAUUACCUGUGCUAAGUGUAAUUUCUUAGAUAAUAAGCAUGUAGUCUUUGGAAGAGUUAUUGAUGGAUUAUUAGUGAUGAGGAAAAUAGAAAAUGUGCCAACAGGACCCAAUAACAAACCAAAAAUACCAGUGACUAUAUCACAGUGUGGGCAGAUGUAAAUAAAAUUAUUUUUUGUAA